CGCCUCUGGUGCUGCAUUGAGCCGUGAUUCAUUCUGAUCCAUGUCGAACGAGCUCGUCAUUGUGGUCACCGGCGCGAACGGUGGGGUGGGAUUCGGGAUAUGCCACCGCCUCCUCGUCCAACUCUCCUCUCGUCACCCGUCGGACGCGCAACCCUACUUCAAGGUCGAGCGGGAGAAGGCGCAGGGUCUGGAGCUUCCGGAGAGGUCGCCGGACGCGGGGGUGACGAUUGUCAUGGCGUGCCGCGACCCGAAGCGCGCGCAGGACGCGAGGGAGAAGCUCUACCGACUGCUGGACAAGCAUAUCGCGACGCUCAAGAAAGGCACGCAGGACCACGCCUACGCUGUCGCGUUUAGGAGUAGCGUGCGGCUGGACAUUGAGAGGUUAGACCUCUCCUCAGUCAGGAGUGUGCUAGAAUUUAGCAAGGCGGUUACCCAAAAGUACGAAUACGUAUCCCAUCUUAUAUUCAACGCUGGUACCGCAACAUACAGCCACCUCGAUAUCCUGGGUUUCACGUACGACCUGCUCAUCCAUCCAAUAGACGCCAUUGAGCACCCACGACGGAACAUGCAAAUUAACGGUGUUCUGAGCGAGGACGGGCUGGGAUACACGUGGCAGUGUAACGUCUUCGGGCAUUAUGUAUUGUACCGCUCAGUCCAGCCACUACUCGUCGCGUGCGCGCACAAAACUAGCUCGCCCGCGCGCGUCAUCUGGAUGUCCUCGCUCGACUCCGAGCCCAUCUUCGACUUGAAGGAAGACUGGCAGCUCACGAAGACGAUGCACUCGUACAACGCCUCCAAGUUCCAGAUCGAGCUCAUCGUCGCCGAGCUCGAGCGCCGCACAUUCGAGGGCGCACCAUCAAUACCAGACGUCUCGGCGCCCAACGGCGAGUUCCACCACUACAUCGUCAGCCCGGGUAUCACGGCGACGAACAUGAGCACGCUGCUCAACAUCCCCAUACCCGGCUACCGCUACCUCAUGCUCGCUGCCUUCUACAUCGUGCGCUUUAUCGGCUCGCCCCACGUUCUCCUGUCGCUCUACAGCGCAGCGGUUGCGGCUGUACACCUGGCGCUCAUUCCGCUCCUCGCGAUCCCGACCGCACGCGACACCGUGCACGUGCCGCCGGAGGAUAUCCCCUGGCCGAGCUGGCAUUCGUACUUUGGCAAGUUCACAGGGAGUGCCGCUCCCCCGCGUGUGCUCACGCUCCGCUUUGGGGCUGAGAACGACCGGUGGGGGAACGACCGCCCGGGGGUGAUGGCGGUGCCGGUGUGGGAGGAGCACCCGGACGCGGGUGCGCAGCUGCUGGAGCGCUUCGAGCGGCUGUACCAGGUUUUCUUGCUGAAGGAGGGAGAGAGCGCGAGCGGCGCGGCCGCGAACGGGCACGUUGAGUGAUGACUGCGCGUGGUUGGAAGUUUUACAUGGUGGCCACCCCCCUGCGUAUAUUACAUUCCGGUAAUGCUUUUGCGCCCCUAGGAGCUGCAGUGAUUUGAAGGUCCUGUUGCGUAGAUUUG